AGUUAUGCCGUAUGGUUGGUUGAGGUUCGGGGUUGUGCGGGAAGCGCCGCACAUUCACGCGCGCGCGCGUCCGUAGGGCCAUAUGGCCGCGUGUCCGGCGCGGGGCCGUCCGCGCCGCGGAGCCCCGAGGGCCGCGCGGGCGACGCCCGCGUGCACGGCGGCGGCGCUGGUGGCCCUCGGGGCGACGGGCAUCGCGCUGGCUGCGGCGCGCGGCCCCGGCAGCCAGAGGCCCACCGCCGCGCCGCCCGGGAGGGGCAGCCCCUCGGGGCCCCCGACGGGCCGGCGGCGCCCCGCGGGUCGCGGGGGCUCCGGCCGGGCGGGGCCCAGCAGCGCCGAGCGGAAGGCGGACCUCCGGCUGGAGGGGGAGUUCCUCCAGAAGAUGAGCGAGGGCGGCAUCGGCAGCCAGAUAGAGGCCCUGGCCCUCGCCGACAGCGUGGCCGCGCUGAGGGUACUGCCUCCGAGCCAGAAGCGCCAGAACCUCGGCGGCGACUGGCGGCUCGCAGCGUCCGACGCUGGGGACCUGCUGGUGCAGUUUGGCUCUGGCUUGCACGGCAUGCCGUUCACAGCGGUUAGCGACAUGUGGCUGAGCCUCAGGCCGAGCCAGAAGGAGUCCCGGACCACAGAGAUCCUCCAGAUGGGGCCCUCCAAGAUCACCAACAUGCUCAAGGGCGAGCUCUCCCUGGGGGCCGUUGGCGAGGAGGAGAUUGUGAUGGAAUAUGUCGGGAUGGUCGACAACAACGGCGUCUACAAGGCGACAGGCGGCUCCACGCGGAAGGUGACGGCCUCCCCGCUCUACGCCGGCGAGAGGAGUGGGCGCGUGGGUCCCCAGUCGGGAGCCUUGAGACGGGGGUCAGUGCAAACGGGGGUCAGCCAGAGCGCCCGAUCUUGCAGGAUCCUGCAGCGCCAGGGUCGCAUUGACCCGGGUUUGGGUGCAGGAGUUCGUAGGAUUUUGCAGGAGUUUGCAAGGCCUGACUGACCCCCGGGUCUGGAUUGACCCGGGUCAGAAGGUCCCCGACCCAAGCCGCUCAGAUUCGGGUCGGAUGACAGGGGGGGGGGGAGAGGGAAAGGUGGGCCCAGACCUCCCCGCUGUAUCUCAAACCAACAAGGAGCAGGACGGCUCCUUGUAUGUUUCUGCGUUUGGGGGCUCUUUGUUGGGCCCUUGAGCCUUCAAGAGAUGAGUCGGGAAACGGGGCCCGGGGAAGUCGUCAAAACCUUUUGGAACCCACGUUGUCACAAAGAUGGCGACGUCGGAGGCGUGGCGGGCACGAAGCGCUGCCUGCCGUUGGUGUUGGCCCCGCCGCCGAGCGCAUUUCUCUUCGCGUGGCACUCGAGGCGCCAGG